CCAGCAGUUCUCAGGAAAACUUCCGCUUUACGAGCAUGCGUAGAUCAGUUUUGGAACGAGGCAGCCCACGAUGGCCGCGAAUAGUGUGCUCCUGGGCUUGGUAGAAGAAUUCGUUUCAGGACAACAGGACAGCAAGGCUUCAGAAACUGCAACAGGAGUGAAAACUGGACAGUUCACAGUAUUAGAGUUGGUUGAAGCAUUGGGGCUGAGUCUGACGAGCUCGCAGGCCCAGACGAGAGGCCGGGGCGUCCAGCUCCUGUCGUUGGUCCUGCAGGAGUGCUACGCCAGCCUCUCGGAGAGGGAAGUGGAGGUCCUGGUGGCCUUUUAUGAAAACCGAUUGAAGGACCAUUAUGCCAUCACACCGUAUGUCUUACAAGGGAUCAAAGCCCUGACCAAAUGCCCCAAGCUUCCUCCCGGCUUGUCCGUCUCCAUUCUGAAGUCUCUCUUCCAGGACGUACACGUGCAGUCCCUAAUGCUAAAGGAGAGGUCAUGUGUCUACACCAUCCUGCUCAAUCUGAUGGAGUCUCAGGAGGAAGAGCUGAAGGGCUUGGGCGCGGACUUUGUUUUCGGUUUCGUCCAAGCGAUGGACGGGGAGCGGGACCCCCGAAACCUCCUCCUGGCCUUCCAGAUCGCGGGGAACAUCGUUCACCGGGGCUACGAGCUGGGUAAAUUCACCGAGGAGCUGUUUGAAGUGACUUCCUGCUAUUUCCCCAUAGACUUCACUCCACCGCCGAGCGACCCCCACGGCAUCACCCAGGAGGACCUGAUCCUGUCGCUGAGGACCGUGCUGACGGGGACCCCCCGCUUCGCUGAGUACUUGCUGCCACUCAUCAUUGAGAAAGUUGACUCGGACGUGCAGAGCGCCAAGCUGGACUCGCUGCAGACACUGACCGCCUGCACCACUCUGUACACACACAAGGACCUGGCAGAGUUCCUGACAGGGCUGUGGACCUCGCUGCGCCGAGAGGUCUUCCAGACGGCCAGUGAGAAGGUGGAGGCGGCCAGCCUCUCGGCCCUCACCGCCCUCACGGCCUGCCUCUCCCGCUCCGUCCGGCACUCCGACUCUGAAGACGGCCUGGAGGUCUUCCUGGACCUGGUCCUCAGAGACUGCCAGCACCACCUCUGCGAGCCAGACCUGAAGCUGGUCUGGCCGAGCGCCAAGCUCCUGCAGGCGGCCGCCGGCGCCUCCUACAGGGCGAGCCGCAAGAUCGCGGCCUCCGUGGUGCCCCUGCUCCUGGAGCAGUACAGCACGCGCACGCAGUGUGCUCAGCGGCGCACCCUGCUGGAGGUGGUGCAGGGCUUCGUCCAGCCGGCACAGAACAGUCUCCCAGGUGAUGGAGAAGAGAGCAUUCUCUCCGGGUUCCAGCAGCCCUUGUGCAGUCUGGUGUUCUCCGCGCUGUCCGAAUCCAACACAGGCCUGCGGGUUAUCGCCAGCCGCGUUCUCACCGCGCUGGGCCAGCAGCCAGGCCUGCUGUUGCCGUCGGAUGUCGAACUGGCUGCCGACCACCUGACCCGGCUGGUCCUGGAGGAGGACGAGCCGCAAAUCUGCUCGGCGGUCAUGGACUGCUCGUGCGCCCUGGCCCGUCUCUACCCCGAUGCGUUCGCCUCAAAGAUGAUCCCAAAGCUGAAGGGGGAGAUCUUCUCCGAGCCGAUGGUGCAGGAUGACGGGUCGACACCAGCACAGACGCAGUCCCGGCAGGCGGUGCGGCAGCGGUGCGUGGCGGCGCUGGCGGUAAUGUCCUCCAAGCCCAGCGUGGUGCAGGAGAGCGCCCCCAUCCUGCUGGAGGUCCUCUCUUCAGCGCACGCAGGCAGCGGCCUGUUCUCAUUGGAGGAAGUGGUGUCCACGUGUCACAGCCUACAGCGGGUAGCAGCGCAGGCGCAGGACACGGAGGAGACCGGGCGCUUCUUUCAUGACAUCAUCAUCCCGCGCCUGCUUGGGCUGGCCCUGCAGGCAGCUCUACAGGGUGAGAGGGAGGGGGCCCAGCGGAGCCCGCUGACAGAGGAGGCUGUGCUCUCUGCUCUGGUCCCUGUGAUGAGCACAGCAUGUAGCCGACUGCAGUCACAGAUGGCAGCCCUCACAGCCUCCCGGGCGGUGUCCCUCUUCCUGGACGGGGACGUGUCCUUUCUGCCUGAGAACGACUUCCCGUCCCCCCUCCAACUACUAAAGAAGCAGUCGGAGGCCUGGCGCCGGUCCCAGCUGGUGUGCCUGCUCAUGGCCUGCGUGUGCUCCAUGCCAAGGAGUGUGGAGAUUCCCCAGAUUGACAGGCUGUUUGAGGAAUUGGAGGAGCUGAGCUGUACGUCACCCCACCCCUUUUCCUACACUGCGGCAGCAAAGUGCUUUGCAGGGCUGGUCAACAAGAGGCCUGGGGGAGACCAGCUGGACUCGGUGCUGGAGAGAAUGAUGAAGAGGAUCAGCUCGGAGCUGGACUGUGCGUCCUCUUCCUUCCGUGUACAGGCUUUCACACUACUGCUGUGGGUGGCCAAAGCCCUCCUCAUCCGAUACCAUCCCCUGUCCACAGCCCUGACGGACAAGCUCUUCUCCCUGCUGCCGGACCCGGAGCUGGCCGACGCGGCGGCCGAGGGCUUCUCCCUGCUGCUCAGCGACCCGGCGGACGUGCUGAGCCGCGAGUGCCACGCCGACGUGCGCAUCAUGUACCGCCAGAGGUUCUUCACCGAGAACUCGGCCAAGCUCUUCCAGGGCUUCUACUCGGCGGACAAAGACAGGAAGCCGGGGUACCUGAAGGCGCUGUCGCACAUCGUCAACCACCUGCCCAGACAGGUCCAGCUGACCGAGCUCCCCGCGCUCCUCCCCCUGCUCCUGGAAGCCCUGUCCUCCCCGGACAGACGGGUGCAGCUGUCCACCCUGUCCUGCCUGCACCCCGUCCUGAUGGACCCCCCGCCGGCCCUCACCCCACAGGUGGACGGGCUGGUGUGCCACCUGCUGGAGCUCACCACCAGCCCGGGCAUGGCCGUGCGGAUUGCCUCCCUGCGUUGCCUGCACGCCCUCUCUCGGCUCCCAGAGCACAUGAUCCUCCCGUUCCGCGCCCGGGUGAUCCGCGCGCUGGCCAAAGCGCUCGACGACCGCAAGAGGCUGGUGAGGAAGGAGGCCGUAGAGGCGCGGGGAGAGUGGUUCCUGGUGGGGUGUCCGGGAAGGUGAGGCAAACCCCGCCCCCCAACCAUUGCCCCGCCCCUUCGACCCGUCCAGCCUUGGAAAGAUGGACAAUCCCUUUGAAGGAGAGGCCCCCCGAGCCCUGGAGCCAGCCCCCCCUUCCCCCGUCCCGUGGAAAAAACGGCCUCGCCCAUAGGCCUUCGCCACUACCGCCUUUAACCUUUUAAAAAAAAAAGAAA